AUGAAUCGCGGCAGCGGGGGUGGCGGACGCAAGACUUUAUUGGCACCAAUCCACUUCAUCUUCAAGCUCCUGCAGCAGAGGUCGACAGUCUCUAUCUGGCUUUAUGAGCAGUUAGCCGUGCGGAUAGAGGGCAAAAUCCGGGGGUUUGACGAAUUUAUGAAUCUUGUCAUCGACGAUGCCGUGGAGGUUCAACAGGCGACCAAAAACCAGCAAGAACGGAGGCGACAGCUGGGUUUGUUUUCUAUGCUACAAAAGUCGGGCAACGCUGAUCACUUCUAG